AUGACUUUGAAGUUUUCCGUUGAAAGAUUGGUUGAAAAUCGAUCACAACAAGAAGAGGAAGAAAAUGGGGAAAAUGUGAGAAAAAAUGAAGUGCAACAGAAAAAUGUGAGUUUUAAAUUGAUUUUUCAAUUAGCCUGUGCUUUUUUCAGAAAUUAACAAUAAAUGAUAUUGAAGAGGAUGGAAUUGACGAGGAAGAAGAAGAAGAAAUCAGUGAAAAAAUAACAAAUGAUGAACCACUUGCUCAAACCCUUUCAUAUUUUGAUGUUCUUUUGCCACAUGUUCAAAUGGCUUGUUCGAAUCCUUUUAUAACUGCUGGAAUAACUGGGAAUAAUUCAAACAAUGGAAAUGAUUCUGGAACACAAUUAUGGUCACAACAAUGGCUCGAAUUGUUACAAUCUUCAACUGCUGCACAGUUUGGUGAGCUAAUUAUUUUUCUGGUUCAUUUUCAAUUCCGAAACUAAUGAGAUGAUAUUUUCAGGUGAUGUUACUGCCGGGUUAUUUUUGCAACCACUUCGAAAAAAUAAAAGAAUAAGAACUGCAUUUAGUGCGGCACAAUUGAUUCAAUUGGAAAAAGCAUUUGAGGGAAAUCAUUAUGUGGUUGGAAAUGAAAGAAAACAAUUGGCAGCAAGACUUUCUCUAACUGAAACACAGGUUGGUUAAAAAAUAUGAAAUGGUUUUGUCAUUUGAAAAAAUACAUACUUUUUCCGAACAGAGUCAGAGAACUACAGUAAUCAAAUUUCUUAAGAAUCCUUUGUUUAAAACUCAGCUUCCCCAAUAUUGCCUAUAUUACCCCAAUGUUUCGAAAAUUGCGUAUUUGAAAAACAUUUUUUUGGAAUUACUUUUGAGAAGUUCAAAAUCAUCCUUGGUAAAUUUACUUGGAAGAGUAUCAAAAAAUGUAGAGAAUUGAACACUUUAUACGGUUUUUAUCUUCCAAAUAGUUACAAUUCCACACCUUCUUCGAUUGCUCAUCAAAACAAAAAGUUGUCAAUAUUUUUCACGCUUUCAUUGAAAUAAUGUUUUAAUUAAACAUCGAAUAGAGCAACAUAUACAUCUUGAUGGAUAGAUACAUAAAUAUUAAUUAUUUGUAUACAUUUGUAGACAAAUACGGUCAAUUGAGACAACCGAACUGUGCUAAUCCUUGUUGUAAGUUUGAGCUUUUGGUUGGUGUCGAGUCGAGUGCUAUUAUUUGAUGCCUCUCUUUUACUUUUUAUUUAUUGACAUUUAUUUAUACAAUAGUCAUUGAGAUAUAAAAAAAGAAAAUGAGGAAUGUUUUAAAAUAUACUAAUUGUUAUUAACGGAUAUUAAUUAUACUAUUUAAUAAGUAUAUAAAUUGGGUUGCUUUUUCAGGUAAAAGUUUGGUUCCAAAAUCGACGAACAAAACACAAACGAGUAAAUAUGGAAAGUUCUGAUGCAAAUACAACUAUUUCAAAUGACGACGAUGAAGAUGAUGAAACUUCAACAAUCUAA